AGUACUGUAUUGACUGUCUAUCUGUAAUAAGUGCGCGAUUUUCGUUCAUUUAUUCUUUUCUUCGGAAUUAAUUUUCCCUUCAAGCAAUUACAGCGUUAUGCAUAUUUCAAGUCUAUUUCUUCUUGUGUUUGUGGUAUUCUUGGGGAUUUUUUACAUCCAAAAGAAAUAUCGUUUUUGGAAGAAUCGUGGGGUGCCCUAUGUAAAACCAACAUUCCCCAGAGGGAAUUUUUCUACACUUGGGAAAACCGAACAUUUUGCCGAAAUUCUCAAGAAAUUCUAUUUUGACUUGAGAGAUCGUGGAAAAGUUUUGGGGGGAAUUUAUUUUAUGACACAACCAAUUGGCCUAAUAUUGGAUUUGGAUUUUGUGAAAACUGUGCUCGUGAAGGAUUUCCAGUAUUGCCCAGACAGGCCAUUUUACAUAAAUGAAAAAGACGAUCCACUAACGUGCCAGCUAUUUUCAGUUAGAGGUGAGCAAUGGAGGAAUUUACGAUCAAAAUUGUCACCAACAUUCACGAGCGGAAAAAUGAAGCUCAUGUUCCCAAUUGUACGAGAUAUUUCGGAUGAAUUUAUCAAGUGUCUCAAAAGGGAUCUUGCGAACAAGAAGGAAUUGGAGCUCGGUGAAUAUUUAUCACGCUUUACAAUUGACAUAAUUGGAAGUUGUGCCUUUGGCAUUGAUUGCAAUAGUCUUCGUGAUCCAGAUACUGAAUUUUUCGCAAUUGGUGAGAAAGCUUCAAAAAUGGCCCUUGAAAGGACUUUUAAACAUUUAUUCAUGGCUUCAUUUGCGCGAUUGUCUGUGUUUUUGGGCCUAAAAUCCUUCAGCAAGGAUGUGACAGACUUCUACACGAGAAUUGUAAGAGAAACAAUGUCUUACAGAGAGAAGAUGAAUAUUAAGAAAAAUGAUUUUAUGAGUAUGCUAAUGCAGUUGCAAAAUACAGGAAGUCUCGAAGAUGACCCCACAUCUAACACUGAACAUCUUUCCUUCAAUCAAGCUGUUGCAAAUUCAUUUCUCUUCCUCGUUGCCGGCUAUCACACUUCAGCAACGGCCAUGGAGUUUUGUUUAUUAGAACUUGCUAAUCAUAUCAAAAUACAGAAUCAUGUGCGGGAAGAGAUAACAAGUGUUCUAAAAAGCAAUGGCAAUGAACUCACAUACGAAGCUUUAGCUGAGAUGAAGUAUUUGGGUCAAGUUAUUAAUGAAACACUGCGUAAACAUCCACCCGCGGCCCAAAUAAUUCGCAGUAUCACAAAAAACUACAACGUACCCAGUAUGAAUUUGGUAUUGGAGAAAGGAACCCGCCUUUUUAUUCCAGUUCUCGGCAUUCAUCAUGAUCCAGAAAUUUAUCCAGAUCCACAAAAAUUCGAUCCUGAACGCUUUAGUCCUGAAGCAGUAAAGUCACGUCAUCCGUAUGCUUUUCUCGCCUUCGGUGAAGGACCAAGAAAUUGCAUUGGUGCUAGAUUUGCAAUGAUGCAGAUGAAAGUUGGAUUAACAUGCCUCCUGAUGAACUACCAAUUCACUCCAAGUGAUAAAGCUAAUUAUCCAAUUGAAUAUAAAAAGAGUUCACCUCUUUUAAGUCCUAUCGGGGAUUGUUGGUUAAAAGUUGAGAAAAUAAAUUGAAUAAAGUUAAAUUGCUAAAAA